CCUCCCCUCCCCUCCCUCCAGGUGUGACAUCACGGCGGUGCUGCUGUAUGUGGAGCAGUUGAUGUCCAGCGUGAGUGAGUCCCCAGAGGCGAUGGGCCGCCCCCUCACGUCCCCAGCAGCUGCCUCGGGCCUCCGGGACGCCGACUGGUCCUCGAGGAUCCAUCACCUGUGCGACCAGCUCCUCACCGUCAUGGUGGUUAGCAGCGCCCCCCUCCCUCUGCUGUGUGGGAACUUUAUGAGUGAAUCCGUGAAGAACUCCGAAGCGACCAACCCACAUGGCUUCAUCAGGGUACACUGGCUCCAUGCCCUACACCCUGAUCUGUACCCAGAGCAGUCAUUAAGUGAUGAGCUGGUGGCCGGCAGCCAGUGCCUGUCAGCUGAGGCUGCUGACCUCUGACCCCGGAUACAGUCCCAGGCUGCUGCUGCGAAUGCUGCUGCAGGGAGACUGUCACCUGCCCAGGAUGCUCCUUGGCCACGCCCAUUUAUGCGGGGAGGGCAGCUCACGCGUCUCUCCGGAGGACUCCGAGGCAGGGAGUGACUUUGCUGUGGCGCUCUUCAACCUGCUCUCGGCUCUGAGCGCCGUCCCGGAGGCCCUGACUCAGGCGCUGGAACCCUACCUCGACGGAGGACAGGUCUGGGAGCAUCUCUACUCCCUGCCAGACCCCCCGCCCAGCGCCCCUCCCCUGGUGGGCUGUGUCCGGGCGGUGGUCUCCGGGCCGGCCCACUGCCUGCUGGGCCGCCUGGUGUCUAUGGUGGUGGGCUGGCAGGCGGUGGAGGACCCCGGCAGGGGGCCCUCGGGCCGGCCCCCCCCGCAGAGCGUCCUGUCCAGGGUCCCCAGGGAGUGGAACUACCAACCCCGGGAGGCCCGCAGGAAGGAGCCCGCCGCCAGGAGCGCCGGCCCCCUGGCCGUGCAGGCCCUCUCCCUGGUGUUCACCAACCUGCCCCUGGCCGUGGCCUCGCUGCCCCUCCCUGUACGGUUCCUGUUCCAGGCGGCCGAGAAGCGGCUCUCCCAGCACGCCCGGCAGCUGCGCGCCACGGGCCUGCUGCUGUGGGCGCUGCUGGGCUGCCUGGUGGCGGGCCUGGAGGACCAGGACGCCGCCGAGCAGCUGAGCGGCGUGGCCCUCGGCCGAGGGGCCCGAGACUGCCUGGCCCUGCUUGCUGAGUGCCUGCAGGCCACCAUGGGCAUCCAGCUCAAGGGCGUGCCCAAACCCGCGGUGCUCAAGGUGCUGCAGGCCCUCGAGGACCACAGGCCCAACUGGACGACGCUCAUGCUGCAGAAGGCGCGCAGGCUGAGCUCUGACAGUGCGUUUGAGCAGAGGAGGUGGGAGAGCGCCAGGGCCCAGGAGAGAGGAGGAGGAGGAGGAGGAGGAGGAGGAGGAGGAGGAGGAGGAGGAGGAGGAGGCGUGGCAGCGGCGACGGCGGUGGCGGCCGAACUGACUGAGCAGAAAAUAGGGCUGAUGCUGCUGGAAGUGUGCCACGGAGCAGGUGGCAGCCCCUACCUGAGGCAGAUCCAUCACAUCAUCCGGGGCAAUGAGGAACUGUUGAUGUCCAGGCUGGCCGGAACCACGGACGCCGCUCACAGGGUGAACUUCCACCCCGGCUCUGAAGGCGACGUGCCUCCGAGCCCUUUCAACCCUCUGGUCCAGUUUGACCACAUCGGAAGGGAGAGGCUGGAGCAGAGGGCUGUGGCUGACUGGACGUGGGACUGGCCGAGGCUGCUGCCAGCCUAUCAGCCUCUGAGUCGGGUCACCUUCACCACCCUGCUGGCCAACAGGUAG